CACGGGAACAUCCGUCACUCAUUCAUGGCUGCGUUCCCGACGGAGACGGAGGCGCUGCUCGGGUCGCCGGAGGCGGGCGCCGCGCGCCGUUCGCGCGACAAGAACGUCGACCCGCGACGCGUUCGAUGGAUCACGCACUCGCUCGCGGCGAUCGCCACGGUGGCUGUCGCGCUGGCGGUCUUCUCCUCCGACGCCAGGGGGUGGGCGGUCCAGCGGCUGAACCGCGCGGCCGAGGGCGAGCAAGAUCCGAGGCCGUUCAUCGUCGACUUUGGCGACAGCGUGUCCCCGUCUUUCAGGCACCAGGCGUUCGUGUACCGGUGCCAGGACGACUACGACCUGCACACCAAGCUGACGGAGAUGAACCACCACGGGAUGUUCGACUACUACAGGGAGACGCAGGUCACCGCGGGCGAGCCCGCGUUUGGCAAGUGCUACCAGAAGCACUUCUCGUCGUCCUUCGGACCCAAGCCGGUGUUCUUUUCCGAGAUGGCCGCGCACAAGGGCAAGAUGAUCGGCAUGUUUCGCAUGCCCGCGCAGAAGAUCGCCGCGGGCUUCGUCAACGCCUUCGAGUCCUGCCCGACGAUGCAGCACGAGCACGGCCCGAGCUGCAACCCCGCGCACGAGAGUUACGCCAUCGGCUCGUGCGACGCGGCGAUGAACCCGACGCCGCAGACGGUGGAGAAGUACUUCAACUGCGUCAAGGGGUGCCAGGUGAACAUGCUGAACGGCAAGUUCUGCGGCGGUGCGAGUCCGAGGUGCGUCGCGGCGGCGCUGGCGAACAUGGACGACCUCGACGGCGCGUGCGAGAGCCCGCACGUUUCUUCCGAGGCUGAGAUUCAAAACGCCAUCUCCAAAAUCGACGACGGCCACUUCGCCGUCGUCGGCCUCGCGGAGAAGUACGCGGAUUCGGUUCGCAAACUUCGCAAGUAUCUCACGGGCGCGGGCGCGACCGCGGCCGUGGGUGCCCCCGAGAAGGGCCCACGGGCGGCGGCUCACGCGGGAGGGCGCGAUGAGAAGGUUGCCAAGGUUGGCGCGCUGAUGGAUCUCGAUCCGCUGGUGCCGUUUGGCGCGGGGCCGGAGGUGAUGACGGCGGCGCAGGCCAAGGUGGCGGAGAUUAUGAGGCAGAAGGGGCUGCGGGACAUCGCGGACGAGCGUUUGCACGGCGCGGCGUACGACUGGUUCCAGACCCACGGGUGGUGAUGAAAGAUCUGUUUUGAAGUUUCAUUCUUGCGGGUUCGACCGGGUCGGGUGGGGGGGCUUUAGAGCGAGAAAAAAUGAGCACGCGCCGCGCCCCCGGCGCCUCCGGUCGAGCCGUCUUUAAUACGUUGACACGAUGAUC